AUGGUCCGUGGAAAGACGGUGAUCGAGAAGAUCGAAAGCACCACAAGCCGGCAGGUGACCUUCUCCAAGAGGAAGAGCGGGCUGUUCAAGAAAGCCAAGGAACUGGGCAUUCUCUGCGAUGCCCAGGUAGGGGUCGUCCUCUUCUCCAACACCGGACGCCUCUACGAGUACUCCAACUCCAACUCCGGAACAAAAUCUAUAAUUGAAAGGUACCAGCAGGUUAAAGAGGGCCAGCAGUUCAUGAGUGCAAGCGAUGAGGCUAAGUUUUGGCAAGCGGAGGGAGAGCGCCUACGGCAGCAACUACAUAACUUGCAGGAUAAUCAUAGGCAGUUGUUGGGACACAAUUUGUCUGGCUUAGGUUUAGAGGACUUAAAGGGUUUAGAAAGCCAGCUGGAAAUCAGCCUGCAUAACAUUCGGCUAACUAAGGACCAACUUAUGAUUGAUGAAAUUGAGAAGUCAAACAAGAAGGGAAUUCUCGUGCACCAGGAAAAUAUGGAGCUACACAAGAAACUAAACAUCAUUCGUCAUGAUUAUGUGGGUUUGCAAAAUAAGUUAAAUGAGCAAACAGAAGUAAACGGGGGAAUUACAAGUUCAUCUACCAACUACAACUUUAUUGCUCCAGAGGAUGUGAACUCAUUUGACCUGAAACUUAGCCUGCCACAGCAUGCAGAAAGUGAUGAUGAUCAACCAGAAUCACCAACACUGGGGUGA